AUGGCUCCGAACCUCCGUUCAUCAUCGCAUGCAGGUUCAAACAAUUCCCGGCCGUCAACACCUGUGCCAGCUACAGCAAGCGCGGCUUCUCCUUUCACGGAAUCUACACGGCCCCGGAAACAACGGCGUACUGGGAGAACUUCCCGUGUAGCCACCGAUCCGCUUCAAGACCCCCCGACUCAACGCUUGUCGCGGCGAGAACGUUUUGUAAAGGAGGCAGCAGAUAAUGAUAACGAGUCACACGCGCUUGGACAGGAUACAGAAUGGACCGAGCCACCAGUCAGGGCACCGGUUCCAAGCUAUGCGGACACGCCGUGGUCAGCGGUUUCUAGUGACGCGAACCCAGUUCUAGCAACUAUGCGCCCUUUGGGGGCCAUGCCAUCUGCGGCAGACUUGCGCAAAGUAGGGUUGGCGCCAUCGAAGCCGAGUACUCCUAUUAUCCCUGCCAAGAAAGAUCUUCCACACGCGCCGAACGGGGAGAAGAUUGAUGAAAAGCCUCAGACCCCCUUGACACCAGCUGAGGAGCCGGCACCGGAACCGGCACCCGCAAAACCUACGCCUGAAGAGGAUCUCGCUGCAUUCACAGUACUGCCUGUUCCCAGCUCUGCAGAUGUAGACGUUGAAAAGCUCAAAGUUGCUGUCGAAAAAGCUCUGCGCCUAGCUUCGGAGACUGACAAUCGUCCGGUCAUCCGCGGGCUGCUUCACCUGUGGGAAAAAUGUAGCAAGGAUCCGUUUGCGCUAUCCAUACUGGAUGGAAUCUGUCAGGAAAAUCCUGGGCCUCGUGAGAAGUCCGCAUUUCAGACUGUGAUGCGAAGCGCUUGGAAGGAGGUGCGGUCAGAACAGAACGUCACAAAGGUGCCUCUUAUUCUGCCAACUAUCGUGCGCACUCGCUCAGCCAGCACCGCCUCGUCGCUUUCUUCCGCUAAAUCUCUUGAUGCUGAGAUCUUUGCACCCGCGAUAGUAUCUCGAGCGUCGAACACUCGUUCGCGAAAAGGGAAACAGUCCAGAAGCGCUACACAGAAGCCUGACGCCUUACCGCGUCGGCCGGCUUUCCCAUCCAACGACCCAAGUCUUCCACAAAAGCAAACACAGGAAGACCCUGAUGCUUCAGCAGAAGCUGUACAGGCUAAACGAACCCGUCUACAAAGGGCUCUUCCAACUAUUGUGGCUUCUGAAAGUAAACUUCGUUAUUCUCUGGCUUCCAAUCCAUCUUCCGAUCUCUCCUCGCCUGGUCCACACUUUUCUGCCUCAAGGAAUCGUGGAGGACGGUCGGAGAGCAUAGCAAGCAGCGAUGCCGGUGAUAACAGACGUUUAACCCCCUCACUAACUGACAAUGAGCGACCCGAAAAUAAUGACUUUUGUCGAAAUUGCAAUGGUAGCGGCCAACUGUUGUGUUGUGAUGGUUGUAUCAACUCCUUCCACUUUUCUUGUCUCAACCCGCCUCUGGAUCCUGCCAACCCCCCAGAAGGAGAUUGGUACUGUCCUAAAUGUUCAGUGUCACGUCCCUUGGAUAAGUUACUUGGUGCCGUUGAUAAAGUUUCACGGAAAGACUUUGCCUUACCAGCUCGCAUUCGGGACUUCUUCACAGGGAUUCGCACCGGUGAUGGUGGAAGGUAUGAAGAGGUUGCGCCACUACCAAGAAUGAACCCUCGUGGAGGGCGUGGGAAUCGCUCAGGCCGAUACGAUGACCCGUUCUUGUUGCGCACAGUGGAUGCCAAAGGCAAUCUCAUUUUCUGCACAAAAUGCGGGCGCACAAGUAACGGCCGCCGGCCUAUCAUCCAGUGCGAUUACUGUCCAUGUGCCUUCCACAUGGACUGUGUCGACCCACCUCUAGCCAUCCCACCAACCCAACGACCAGGUAGCGAACGCGUUCAUCACAAUUGGAUGUGUCCCAACCACGUUUGGCACGACAUGUACUACGUGGUUGCUGAUGAGGAAGGUUAUGAUAUGGUGAAACGCAUUCGCCAUCCCAAACGCCCUCGAUUUGUCGAUGUUGAGAUCCUUCCGGACGAGGAAGAAGUCGAGAGAAUUGAGGAGCAAGAAGAGGAAGGCAUCAUGUACCGUGUUUCGGAAAAGGGGGUCAAACUUGAUUUUAUCGAACGAGUUAAAAGGGAGAACGAAACACUUGCGAUGAAGAAAGCAGCGGCCGACAAGUAUUUAGAGUAUGCCAAAACCAAGUUCGACGAGCUUCUUUCCGAGGCACACGCGUUCUACACAUCAGAAAAGCCUGUCGUCACAGAAGAGGAUACCACGGCUGCAAUCCUCAAUUCACGAACGGUUGCAGAGCGCGAAGCUGCCGCAAACCUCAUUGAAUUUGCACAAAGCCAGCAGGUAACCUCGGAGGUUGAAAACGGUCGGAUUAACCUCCUGAUUGACCAACUAAAAGCAAAUGCGCCUAACAAUCUCCCGUCUGCUAACACCGAGAUCGAGUCCCUGCGCACUCUCCAAGACCUCAUUGAACAACGCAUCAAGGUGCUAAAUUCGCAACCUGGGAACAUAGCGUCCUCGAAGGCACAGCCUACUUCGAGCGAGCACCCCAGCAGCAACAGCAGCUUAUCUGAAUGA